CGCAGAAGUGGAGCUUCAUUUCAUUUGCUGGUCCGUCCACUCCAGUUCAGUCCCUCCCAGCCCAGUCCACGCAGCAGACGGAGAGACGGACUCAGACGAAGAGAAGUGAAGGGAGGGCAGGCGAGGGAGCAAGGCCUGCAGCGCACUCACUCGUUCGUCGUGGGGGCCAACAUCGUCGUCCUCUUUCUGGCUGGCUGGCACUGGCAGGCUCGCUGCCUUGGCCCCGCUGCUUUCUUCAGCAUGGAGAUGGCCCUACAGCAUUGACCCACUCCGCAUAGAACGAGCGAGCGCGAGAGAUGGAGAGAUCGAUGGAACUAGUCUUGUAAAUCCGUAUCGGCAAGCUUGAAGGUGAUAGCUAAAGCAUUUGACUGUCGUUGUCGACAUCUCGGCUGAAGUUUCUUGAUUAUUGUCGCCGAACAAUUGUCAAGGACAGGUUUUGGGUUUCGUCUCUGACAGCGAUCGACCGACCGACUGACCGACCGGACGAUCUGGUCUUAGAAGAGUCGAGGAAAGAGAAGGAGGACUGGAUUUCUGGUCGGAGGUUGUACGGGUCCUUGUCUUUGUCUGAAACCUAGCAAGGAGUCACAAUGCUGACUAAGUUCGAGACCAAGAGUAAUCGGGUCAAGGGGUUGAGCUUCCACCCGAGGCGGCCCUGGAUCUUGGCUAGUUUGCACAGCGGAGUGAUCCAAUUAUGGGACUACCGCAUGGGAACGCUGAUUGACAGAUUUGACGAGCAUGAUGGUCCCGUCCGUGGUGUCCAUUUCCACAAGUCUCAGCCGCUUUUUGUAUCUGGAGGUGAUGACUACAAGAUCAAAGUGUGGAAUUACAAGUUGCGGAGAUGUUUGUUCACUCUGCUAGGUCAUUUGGAUUACAUCCGAACAGUGCAGUUCCACCAAGAAUACCCGUGGAUUGUUAGUGCUAGUGAUGAUCAGACAAUACGGAUCUGGAAUUGGCAGUCGAGAACUUGCAUUUCCGUUCUCACCGGUCACAACCAUUAUGUCAUGUGUGCGUCUUUCCAUAUCAAGGAGGACUUAGUUGUCUCAGCUUCUUUGGAUCAGACAGUUAGAAUCUGGGAUAUUGGAGCUUUGAGGAAGAAGACAGUGGCUCCUGCUGAGGACAUACUGCGAUUGACCCAGAUGAACACAGAUCUCUUUGGUGGAGGUGAUGCAGUCGUGAAGUAUGUACUGGAAGGUCACGAUAGGGGCGUGAACUGGGCUGCCUUCCACCCCACAUUGCCACUUAUUGUAUCAGGUGCAGAUGAUCGUCAAGUCAAGCUUUGGCGUAUGAACGACACGAAGGCGUGGGAAGUGGACACGCUUAGAGGUCAUGUGAACAACGUUUCAUGUGUCAUGUUCCAUGCCCGGCAAGAUAUUAUUGUCUCCAACUCAGAGGACAAGAGCAUUCGGGUAUGGGAUAUGUCGAAGCGGACAGGGGUGCAAACAUUCCGCAGAGAACAUGAUCGUUUCUGGAUAUUGGCAGCUCACCCGGAUAUGAAUCUUCUAGCGGCAGGUCAUGACAGCGGUAUGAUCGUCUUCAAGCUGGAGCGCGAAAGGCCUUCUUACGCAGUGCACGGAAGCACCCUUUACUUUGUCAAGGAGCGGUAUUUGCGAACCUAUGAUUUUGAUACCGGCAGAGAUAAUCCUUUAAUCUCCAUAAGAAGGACUGGAUCUACAGGGAUGAACCAGGGCCCCAGAUCUAUGUCUUACAACCCAGCUGAAAACGCUGUUCUUAUCUGCUCAGAUGUGGAUGGUGGCUCUUAUGAGCUCUACACCAUCCCCAAGGAUACCACUGGUCGCAGUGAGAAUGCCCAGGAAGCGAAGCGAGGGUUAGGUGCUUCUGCUGUCUUCGUCGCACGAAACCGAUUUGCCGUUCUGGAUAGGAACCACAACCAAGUCGUGAUCAAGAAUCUUCGCAAUGAGGUUACGAAGAAGGUGACUCUGCCCUUCUCUACAACGGAUGCUGUAUUUUAUGCAGGUCUCGGCAACCUGCUCUGCCGUUCGGAAGAUAAGGUGAUUCUAUUUGAUGUUCAACAGAGAAAUACUCUCGGUGAACUAAACACUCCUUUUGUCAAAUACGUCGUGUGGUCGAGUGACAUGGAGCUCGUUGCUCUGAUUAGCAAGCAUGCGAUUAUUAUUGCGUCAAAGAAACUGGUGCACAAGUGCACGGUCCAUGAAACAAUCAGGGUCAAGAGUGGAGCUUGGGAUGACUCUGGUGUCUUCAUCUACACCACCUUGAAUCACAUCAAGUACUGUCUGCCGAACGGAGAUAGCGGUAUCAUAAGAACUUUGGAAGUGCCUGUGUAUAUCACAAAAGUCAAGGGAACGUCUGUGUACAGUCUGGAUAGGGAUGGAAAGAACAGAGUUAUUCAGAUUGAUACCACUGAGUAUAUGUUUAAGCUUGCCCUGAUCCAGAGGAAGUACGAUCAAGUUUUACAGAUGAUUCGAGGUUCACAGCUCUGUGGCCAGUCAAUUAUAGCUUACCUGCAACAGAAGGGAUUCCCGGAGGUAGCAUUGCACUUUGUGAAGGAUGAGAGAACAAGGUUUAACCUCGCUGUGGAAUGUGGAAACAUCGAAGUGGCAGUGGCCUCUGCCAAGGAAAUAGAUGAGAAAGAUUAUUGGUACAGACUUGGCGUGGAGGCUUUGCGACAAGGUAAUCAUGAGAUCGUGGAGUAUUCGUACCAGAAAACGAAGAACUUCGAGAGGCUCUCAUUCCUCUAUCUCAUAACAGGAAAUCUUGAGAAGCUUUCGAAGAUGCUCAAGAUCGCUGAAAUGCGCAACGAUGUGAUGGGACGUUUCCACAACGCGCUGUACUUGGGUGACGUUCAGGAGCGGGUGAAAAUCCUGGAAGAGUCAGGUCAUUUGCCUCUUGCCUACGUUACUGCAGCGGUUCAUGGCCUGACUGACGUGGCGGAGAGGCUCGCAGGAGAGCUUGGUGAGAAUGUGCCCGAGCUCCCAGCAGAGUCAAAAUCUGGUCUUCUUCUGCCCCCAACGCCUAUACUUAGGGACAACAACUGGCCAUUGCUUUUGGUGAGCAAGGGAUUCUUCGAAGGGGCAUUCGCAGCUGACGCCGGCAUGCCCACAGAUGUUGAUGAGGAAAGCCCCGCAGGUGCAUGGGAAGAGGAGUUGGUCCUUCCCGACGUCACUGAUAGACAAAAUGGUGCUGUUGCCCACGGUGACGACGAGGAGCCGAGGGGAGAGGAUGAUGAAGAAGCUGGCUGGGAUAUGGGAGAUCUUGAUCUUCCAGCAGAUGUUGGUGUUACUGACUCUUCUGCCUCAACUGAGUCUGCUUAUUUUGUGGCUCCUACACCUGGCAUGCCUGUCAGUCAAAUCUGGGUUCAGAGAUCAUCUCUUGCUGCCGAACAUGCAGCAGCAGGGGCCUUUGACACAGCUAUGCGACUCCUCAAUCGCCAGCUGGGAAUUAGCAACUUUGCACCGCUGAAGAGUGCAUUCUUGGAACUUAAUGUUGGCAGCCAUACUUCUCUACCUGCACUUGUGUCGGUACCAGUGGUCUCCGUAGCUUUGGAGAGAGGAUGGACUGAGAGUUCAAGCCCCAAUGUGCGUGGCUUACCUGCCUUGAUUUACAAGAUGUCCACACUUGAGGACAGGUUGAGGCAAGCUUACAAGCUCACUACAGAGGGCAAGUUCACAGAGGCUUUGAAAAUUUUCUUAAGUAUCUUGCAGACCAUUCCAUUGGUGGUGGUCGAAUCUCGCAAAGAAGUUGACGAGGUGAAGGAGCUGCUUGGGAUUGCGAAGGACUAUGUCCUAGCUGUGAAGAUCGAGUUGAAGAGAAAGGAAGAGAAGGAUAACCCUGUACGCAUGGCGGAGCUUGCUGCAUAUUUCACACACUGCAAUCUUCAAACCACUCACUUGAAGCUCAGUCUUCAGUCUGCCAUGACAAUCUGCUUCAGGUUAAGAAACUUCAACACUGCAGCCUCUUUCUGCCGACGCCUGUUGGAGCUCAAUCUUACGCCAGCAGCUUCUACCAAGGCUCGACAAGUUCUACAAGCAUGUGAGCGGACACCCCGCGAUGAGCUUCAACUAAACUAUGAUCCCCGCAAUCCGUUUGUUGUUUGUGGACAGACGUACACUCCCAUCUACCGGGGUAGUGAGGACGUGUCUUGCCCCUUCUGCACAUCACGGUUCGUACCACAGGUUAGAGGGAAGAUUUGUCCAGUCUGUGACUUGGCAACCGUCGGAGCAGAUGCUUCUGGUUUGCUCUGCUCUCCUACCCAAGUGCGGUAGGUACAAAAUAUGGCCAUUGCUGCAUGGGUUUGCAGCUUUGCAUUUUUUGUCACUGAAGUAUUUUUAGAGGCCUAUUGGACCAUUCCUCCAAUAAUCUGCGUUUCCUUUAGAGGCUGGUUUGAGCUGAGAUAUGAUUGGAUGAGGGUGGGUUGUCAGUAUUCACCUUGUGCACAAAUGGUAUGAUGGUUCUGGCAAGGGUGGUAAAGAAGUUAUUGUUCUGUCGCCAGAGAUCUUAAACGUCUUCGCCCAGGUAAUUUCCUAGAUUUCGUCCUAGCACCACCUUCAGAGCAGGUGCAUGGUAGUGGAAAAGGCUUCCACGUUUUUUCAUUUGGAAGAUGUUAGUCUGCGAAGGUCAGAGUAUGUUCAAGAUGGCUCUUGUGGUGAUUUCGAUGGACUGAGCUGACAGGCGCUUGUUAACGCGUUUGAGUCUUUGUGGAUACUCUACCAUUGUACCUGAUUUUUUUUCUUCUUUUUCGAUCUCCUCUCCAUACCAUCGUAAGCCUUGUCUAGUCAAGUUGUUGCUUCAGACAUGGUAGGUUGGCUGAAGACCUUAGAAGAAUGUAAAUAAUUUUGACAUUAUAUUCAAUGGCUUAUUUAGCAAUCACGUGAUCUCUCUCCACUGUCGCUCGUGGCC